UUUCAAAUGAGAAAAUUGUUAUUUCCUUCAUGUUUACAGAUUUUUUAAAGUUUUUGUACCCCGCCUUCCGCCCGAAUGCAGCUGAGAUAGGCUCCAGCACCCCCCACACCCCAAAAAGGGACAAGCGGCAGCAUGGCUGGCAGGAGAGUUGUGGUGUUCCCCUCCUCAGCAGAGCUGGGUCCAGCACUGGCCCACCUGGUGACCUCUCGGGCUGAGAGGGCCAUCACCUCCAGGGGCAGGUUCACCCUGGGUCUCUCUGGAGGAAGCCUGGUGACCAUGCUCAGCAAAGAACUGCCGGCCACGGCGGGCCUGGACUGCAGCAAGUGGUUGGUGGGGUUCUGUGAUGAGCGAGUGGUACCUUUUGACAACCCCGAAAGCACAUACGGGCUCUAUAAGAAUCAUUUAUUUUCCAAGAUUAAUAUCCCGGAAGAUGGAAUUUUGUCCAUUGACUCCUCCCUACCAGUGAACGAGUGUGCUGAAGAUUAUGCUCGCACACUACAAAAGGCCUUCCCUGAUGGUGACGUGCCCGUGUUUGACCUGCUUCUUCUGGGUAUGGGCCCUGAUGGACACACCUGCUCUCUCUUCCCAAACCACCCCCUUCUAGAGGAGAGUGAAAAGAUCGUGGCUCCUAUCAGCGACUCUCCCAAACCACCGCCGCAGCGCGUGACCAUGACGUUCCCGGUGGUGAAUGCAGCACGCUGCGCAGCUUUCGUGUCCACAGGAGGCAGCAAAGCAUCCGUUUUAAGGGAGGUACUGGAGGGAGGAGAAGGUCCGACGUUCCCAGCAGCCCGCGUCUCCCCGACUAACGGCGAGCUGUUCUGGCUCAUCGACGAGCCCGCCGCUGCGUCCUUGACUAUGCAGGUGGAGAAGCCGGGCCAUGGCGCCAAACUCUAGAACAGGUGUUGUCAAACUCAUGGAGGAAUAUCUGUUCCCACGCGGGCCCGGCGGGUAAAAUCACGGCAUAAUAACUUUAAAAAUACAACUACAACAACUUCACAUUGUUUUUUUUUUCUUUUGCUUUGGCCCAAAAUAGAACAAGGACAUUCUGAAAAUGUACACAUGACAAAUAAUCUUCGUGACAAAACACUUCAAGUUAGUAAAAAAUUCUGAGGGAAAAAAAUUGGUGCAGUUUCAAAAACACCAUGAAGAACACAAUGAAAUUAGAGUUAAUCUCAGUGUUUCUACUAACCAAUUAAACUUUAAAGGCCUACUGAAAUGAAUUUUUUUUAUUUAAACGGGGAUAGCAGAUCUAUUCUAUGUGUCAUACUUGAUCAUUUCGCGAUAUUGCCAUAUUUUUGCUGAAAGGAUUUAGUAUAAAACGACGAUAAAGAUCGCAACUUUUGGUAUCUGAUAAAAAAAAGGCUUACCCCUACCGGAAGUAGCGUGACGUAGUCAAUUGAACAUAUACGCAAAGUUCCCUAUUGUUUACAAUGAUGGCCGCCAGAAGUGAGUGAGAUUCUGACCGAGAAAGCGACAAUUUCCCCAUUAAUUUGAGCGAAGAUGAAAGAUUUGUGGAUGAGGAAAAUGCAAGUGAAGGACUAGUGGGGAGUGGAAGCUAUUCAGAUAGGGAAGAUGCUGUGAGAGGCGGGUGGGACCUGAUAUUCAGCUGAGAAUGACUACAACAGUAAAUAAACACAAGACAUAUAUAUACUCUAUUAGCCACAACACAACCAGGCUUAUAUUUAAUAUGCCACAAAUUAAUCCCAUAUAAAAACACCUAGGUGUUUGUUAUGCUAGCUCCUAGCUACUAGCUACUAGCUCGAGCUAGUUAUAGGGUUAUAUGGACGGGAUCCCGUAUAUAUAACCCGCCAAUACAACUCAAACACCUGAACAACACACACACACACACUCACUCAGCCCAAAGAACCGUUCACCUAACCCAAGGUUCAUAAAGCUGAUAUAUUUAACCAAAGUUACGUACAUGACACGCACGUACGGGCAAGCGAUCAAAUGUUUGGAAGCGCGCGGGUGGGACCUGAUAUUCAGCUGGGAAUGACUACAACAGUAAAUAAACACAAGACAUAUAUAUACUCUAUUAGCCACAACACAACCAGGCUUAUAUUUUAUAUGCCACAAAUUAAUCCCGCAUAACAAACACCUAGGUGUUUGUUAUGCUAGCUCCUAGCUACUAGCUCGAGCUAGUUAUAGCAAGCGAUCAAAUGUUUGGAAGCGCAGCUACGUACUCACGGUAUCGCGUCUGUGUAUCCAAAUCAAAGUCCUCCUGGUUAGAGUCUCUGUUGUCCGAGUUCUUCGAUCUUGACUGCAUCUUUCGGGAAUGUAAACAAUGAAACACCGACUGUGUUGUGUUGCUGACUUCCCUCGCAAAAUAUCCACUUCGCACCGACAACUUUCUUCUUUGCUUGCUCAGCUUCUUUCUCCAUAAUGCAAUGAACAAAUUGCAACAGAUUCACCAACACAGAUGUCCAGAAUACUGUGGAAUAAUAAGAUGAAAACAGAGCUAUUUCGUAUUGGCUUCAAUGGGGAAGCCAUACCUCGGUUAAACUGGCUACGUCACGCGCAUACGUCAUCAUACCGAGACGUUUUCAAGCGGAAGUGUGGCGGGAAAUUUAAAAUGUCACUUUAUAAGUUAACCCGGCCGUAUUGGCAUGUGUUGCAAUGUUAAGAUUUCAUCAUUGAUAUAUAAACUAUCAGACUGCGUGGUCGCUAGUAGUGGCUUUCAGUAGGCCUUUAAGUCACAGCCCAUCUAUGGUUGAACAAAAACAAAAUGAAGCAUAAAUAACGUAUCAACUACCUCAUUUGUCAUUUCCAUUGUUGACUUUCUUUAAAUUUGCAUAGAAUACAAUCAUUCUAACAGAACUAAAUCAAUGUGCUGUCUCAUGCAGCAUUUUAAGUGGGGGUACUAUUUGUUUAUUUUACUCCUGUUUGUUUUACAUUUGCUGGCCUAACAUACUUGCUAUUGUGACAUCCAGUGGACACAUUUAGAACAGCAGUUUCUUCAAUUUAAAACUGCAGCUUAAUUUUACACUUAGAAAACUCAUCUCACAGGCCGGAUUGAACCUGUCCGGGCCGCAUGUUUGACAUCCCCUGCUCUAGAACAUUCCAGGCACUAGUACAUAGGAGGAAGACGUUUUGUGCACUUCUUUUUGUUAUUCCUAGACAAAAUAAAGACAGACUAAAUAUGCUGCUAGAUGUAGCACGAACUGGAAAGGUGUUUGUCGAAUGUAUAAUAUUUAGUUUUAUACCUGCAGUAUGAAGACACAAACAAUAAAAGAACCAAUAAAACUACA